ACAGGAUUGAGAACCCAUACUCUUGGAACCUACCAUGGAGCUGAUUUAUUUAUUUUUUUUAUUUUUCCCGCCUUUUGAAUUAGUUUUAUGUACCACUGACCAUCUGAAUGAAGAGGAACACAUUUUUAUUAUGGUAGCAGUGUAUCUGGGGCUCAUAUAAUGCAGGAGCUUGAUGAGGCUGUCACAAUCGGAGCGACUGUUCCGACGGGAUUCGAACACACUGCAGCGGAGGAGGUCCAAGAGAAGCUCGAGGCCACUGCUAGAGUCAGCAAAAACAGAGGGAGAAUUUAUUUGGAUAUAACAACAGAUAAGCUUUUUAAGGUACAUCAGCUGAAGUCUCUAGACAAUCUGUUUGUUGUAGUAAAAGAUUAUGACGACUACCAAUUCAAAACCACAAAGGAGGAAGUGCAAUUGGAUUGGCAAGAGCUGGCCACCAAGCUGCCUUGGACCAAUGCGUUAGAAGUCUGGAAGUUGAACAAUUCUAUAAAAAAGAGGAAAGGCCGUCAGAAAAGAACUAACCCCACAAAGUCAGAUCAGUGCGGCAAUUUUAGCACCAAAUCUACUGAUACUGUCCCAUCAGAUCCAGAAGAGCUCUGGGUAGAUCUUGAGUCUCUAGAAGUGAAGGAGAACCAAAGAGAUGUUUCUUCUCAGCCGGAAGAUGACUCUGAGGAAGAAAAACACUCUGAAAUCCAGGAUCAGGAGUCAGGGGUGACACCUCUUAAGUUUCGAGUAACAUGCAACAGAGCUGGAGACAAACACUGCUUCACCUCAAAUGAUGCUGCACGAGACUUUGGAGGAGCUGUGCAAGAAUUCUUUCAGUGGAAAGCAGAUAUGACUAAAUUUGAUGUUGAGGUUCUGUUAAAUAUCCACAAUAAUGAAGUUGUUGUUGGUCUUGCUCUCACAGUGGAGAGUCUACAUAGGAGAAACAUCUCUCACUUUGGCCCCACCACUCUGCGUUCUACACUGGCUUAUGGCAUGCUUAGACUUUGCAAGCCACAAGUGUCAGAUGUGAUUGUAGAUCCCAUGUGUGGAACUGGAGCAAUACCUUUAGAGGGAGUUAUGGAAUGGCAGAAUUCAUUCUUUUUAGCUGGAGACAACAAUGGCACAGCAGUCAGCCGAUCAGUCAAUAAUAUCAAGCACAUUCUAAAGAGAACACAUGAUAGAGGAAGCUCUUCAGGCUUGCCCUUAGACGUAGUUCAGUGGGACUUGUGCAAUCUACCCAUGAGAAGCAGUUCAGUGGAUAUCAUCAUUACUGACAUGCCUUUUGGAAAAAGAAUGGGAUCCAAGAAGAAGAACUGGGAAUUAUACCCUUUAUGUCUUCGAGAAAUGGCUCGAGUUUGUAAACCUGGUACAGCAAAAGCUGUACUGUUGACCCAAGAUAAAAAAUGUUUCUUGAAGGCAUUGUCGCAGAUGGAGGGGCUGUGGCGGAAAUCGCACACUGUUUGGGUGAAUGUGGGGGGACUGCAUGCUGGUGUUUUUGUUCUCAAAAGAACGGCAGUAGUUUUUGGCACCACUUCUGAAGAUGUAAUGGAGCCUCAUACAGCAACAGGAUCACAAAAGGAGAAUAGAAAGGACGCUAGUCAAUGAGAAGCCUGACAGACAAAUUAGCAAAUGUCUUUGUGAUCCUCCUUUUUUUCCUGAAGUU